GAUUCUGCCAAUUUGGCGCACGGUGGCAUAUAAAUGAUGCGGACCCCCUUCUCUGCUACCGCAUCCUCACAAUCAUCUUUGUACUUCUUUGUGAACCAUAUUAAACUUAAUUAACUGAUUCACUUCUCAGUAAAAAUAAACCUGCAUCAUAUUUUUUCUAAGCAUGUCCCUCCAAGCGAAAGAAGGGAGAUAACCUGAACCUAACCUGCUGGUACUGAACCGAACCCUCUUACCCUCGGCGCUGCUCGCAACCGGCUAUGGACGGCUUUCAACUCCCGCUCAUCGCCGUGGUGCUAACGGUCUGCUCAGCUGUCGGAAACCCGGAGACGCCCGCUCAUGAAGAUGGUGCUCCGCCUUCACGAAUCGCUGUGGUUGGAGCAGGUAUAGGAGGCAGCGCGACGGCCCAUUUCCUGCGCCAACACUUCGGUCCGGAAGUCCAGGUGGACGUGUUCGAGAAGGGCGAGGUCGGAGGUCGUCUGGCCACUGUAACUGUCAACCACAAUGAAUACGAGUCUGGAGGAUCCAUUAUUCACUCCGUCAACCUGCACAUGCAGGAAUUUGUCAAACAGCUUGGUUUGAAAUACCGUCGAAAUGUGGCAGGAAAGACUGCUGUUUUUAAUGGUGAAGAGGUGAUUUUGGAGGAGACCGACUGGUACCUGUUGGAUCUGUUCCGGCUUUGGUGGCGCUAUGGGAUUAGCUUCAUACGGCUGCAGAUGUGGGUGGAGGAAAUCAUGGAGAAAUUUAUGAGGAUUUACAAGUACCAGGCUCACGGCUACGCCUUCAGCUCCGUGGAGGAACUCCUGGACUCUCUGGGAGGCAGCGGCUUCAUCAACAUGACCAGACGGCCGCUCUCCGACUCGCUGCUGGAGCUGGGCGUGUCGCAGCGCUUCAUAGAUGAGGUCAUCGCUCCUGUCAUGAGGGUCAACUACGGACAGAACGUUUCCAUCCCCGCCUUUGUAGGCGCUGUUUCUCUGGCUGGUGCCCAGAACAACCUGUGGGCGGUGGAAGGAGGAAACAAGCAGGUGUGUUCAGGACUCCUGAAGAUGGCUAACGCUAACUUACUGAAGGCUCAGGUCGCAUCUAUCUCCCCGCUCCACUCAGGGGAGGUGCUGCAGUACCAGCUGAACUUCACCGCAGCGUCAGGAGUCGGAUCGGAGCUGUACGACAUCGUAGUGUUGGCGACUCCGCUUCAGGCCAGCGUUGGUUCGGGACUCCGGUUCCAGGAUUUCGCCCCUCCCUUCGACGAGCUGCCCGGCAGCUAUCACGGCACCGUGGCAACAAUCGUUCACGGUUACCUCAACACGUCGUUCUUUGGUUUCCCGGACCCCCGCCUGUUCCCGUUCGCCAGCGUCCUCACGACCGAGACGCCCAGCCUGUUCUUCAACAGCGUGGCCAGCGUUUGUCCUGUCAACAUCUCAGCCGGAUUCCGGCGCAAGCAGCCGCAGGAAGCCGGCGUCUAUAAGGUGUUUUCAGCUCAAUCUCUGGAGAAAUCGCAACUCAAAACACUUUUCAGGUCGUAUUAUUCGGCCCAGGUGACGGAGUGGCAGGCCUACCCUCAGUAUGGCAGCAGCCAGGGCCUGCCGCCUGUGGAGCUGCACCCCAACCUCUACUACCUUAACGGCAUCGAGUGGGCUGGCAGCGCCAUGGAGAUGAGCUCGGUGGCAGCCAAGAACAUCGCCCUGCUGGCGUACCACCGCUGGAGCAAACAGACGGACAUGGUGGACCAGAAAGAUCUAAUGCACCGGAUCAAAACGGAGCUAUGAUCCAGUCAACUCAAAGUGGAGAAAAGGCAGCUGUAAAAAUUUAUUUCAAAGGGAUUCUUUGGCGGAAACUGUGAAUGUGUAUGGUGAUACAGCAGAAAAUGGUUUUGUUUAUUUUAACUUGCAAAUGUUUAGCCUUAAAAUCUUUUAUCAAAGGAUUUGAAGCUUCUUGUAGUGUCUUGACCACAUUUCUAUAAUAAAAUCUGCCUAUUGCUGUAAAUUUGUUAUAAAUCAACUGGAAUAAAAUGAGAACUUUUGAGACUUUUUAAACAAAUAUAGAGCAAUGUUUUAGUUUUCCAGUUGGCUUUACCUGUAAAAGAUAAUUAGAGAAUUGAUGCAUGUUGCAGGACUUUAAUGGGAUGUUUUUUAUUUUUGUUAAUUUUCUGUCCACACAAAGAAGAAUGUCAAGCAGCCAGUUUCUAUUUUUGCCUUGAAGUAUCUCGACUGUUGCUUUGCUUCUUAUUCAGGUGUGGUGAAUGUUCAUUACUUAAUGAGAUUAUGAUAAUUCUAAUGAUACAGUUACUGCAGUUUGUAAAUAAAUGAUUCAGCUUUGUUUUAUUUGCCAAAGAAAAACUCAGAGAAAUUAAAUAUUUUUUAAAUUCACUGGUCAGUCCUAAUAAAUUAGAGCAACAUUAGAAAUGUUCAAUAUUUCAAUUCAGAAAGUGAAGCUCUUGUGAUUUAUAGACUGAUUAAACAUGUAACUAAACAUAUUUCUAUUAACUUUAACAAAGUUGGCAUAUUUUUACAAGAACCAAUUUAAAAAAUAUUAGCACAAAAUACUUUGAUGAGGUUCUUCCAGUCAAAACUAAAUGUGGAAACUUCACAAAUGUCUUAAUCAAAGAUGAGGACUUUGGAAAACUGAGUAAAAAGGGUUUAAAACAAGAAAAGAAACAGUCAUGUGUGCAACUGUACUGUGGAACAUAAAUAUAUGAAAUUUUAAGUCUAUAUCCUUAAAAUUCAACUCUUGAAUAGGUUUCAGUUUACAAUCCUCAAGCUGCCGCUGAACCUUAUCUACCACAUUUUUUUCCUUCCACUAAGCUUUCCAUUAAAAUGCUUCUAUACAGUACUCUGUGAUCAGCCAGCUUCUUCUUCUUAUGGAUUAUUAUGUCAGCCUCUGUAUACUGGAUAACUUGGAAGUCAGACUCUUUCCAAUGAUUACGUAACAUUUCUGUAUUAGAAGCAAUUUUAUGUUUUGUUUUAUGUAAUAUUUAAACUGUCUCAGAAACAGUUUUUUUUAUUGGCCACAUCGAUUUAAUGAACUAAACAAACCCUUUUGAUAUAUUUCUGUGUGGUAAAUGAGUUAAUUACAUUUUGAAGCUGAAUUAGGGUAAUAAAUUUAACUUUUCAAAGGGCUUUUAGUAAAUUAAAAUGUAAAUGUGAUGAUAGUUUCUUUCACCUGUCAAGAUGGGAUCUGGAUAAUGGAGUAAUCACAGCUAUACAGUGACUUAUCGCAGUGACCACUGGUGCUAUGCUCUUUCCUGCCGCCCUUCUUUUUUUCUUCUUUUUUUAUAUGAUUCCCCCUUCCUGUUUUUGUUGCGUAAUCCAGCGGAAAGAAUUUUUUUCAGGGACUGGAGCCAGUCAGCUUUCACACUGGACAGAAAACAAAGCCGAGCACCGAUCUGCUGUUGCUGAUAAUUUACAUGACACAUUUUCUUUCCACUCAAGCAUGAGAGCGACACUAAGCACAUCCCUUCUCUAAAAAUGUAACACUUUAAAGGAUGAUGUUUAUCUGUUUCUGGGUUUGAGCUGUAAAUGUUGGUGAACAGAGAAUAAAAUGCUUUUCUUGUCGUCUGAAUAUCUUGUGACUGAAAGGGGCUUUUGUUAAUAAAUAAUGUGGUUUUGUCUUCUGA